AUGAAGAACAGCAGUGAAGUCAAGGACUGGGAAAAGGAGAAACUGAAUCCAAAUGGAUGGCUCCCGUCCCGCCCCAGCCAGCAGUUCAACGUUAUCAGACGCGUUUACCAGCAAGAUGCACUGAACAAGGACGCCGACUACCAAGUGCCAGAAAAGCCACUCGGCUACCGCUGCAAAAAAGUUUUGAAGAGUUGUGGCUUUGGAGACUGCCUCCUUAACUCGAUCCCAAUAGCGCGAUGGCUGCCAAAAUACAACCUUCGACAAAACUUGGUGGGGGAUCUCGUGGCAGGAGCAACUACCGCUGUCAUGCAUAUACCACAAGGUAUGGCUUACGCGUUACUGGCGGAGGUGCCGCCAAUCGUGGGUCUGUACAUGGCAUUCUUCCCGGUGCUGGUGUACGUGAUCUUCGGUACUUCCCCCCAUGUGUCCAUGGGCACAUUUGCCGUCGCCUGUUUGAUGGCGGGAAAGGUAGUAACACAAUAUUCACACCCUGAAUUCGCGAACACAGUCAAUGCUACCAACCUAACUAUAGAUCCUGGGAUCGCAGCAUCUCAAUACACACCGGUGCAAGUGCUGAGUAUAGUGUCAUUGUCUGUGGGCUUCUUUCAGAUAUUAAUGUGGAUCCUGCGAUUAGGCGCUGUGUCGACGUUGUUGUCGGAGCCGCUGGUAUCGGGCUUCACCACGGCGGCGUCGUUUCACGUGCUCGCCUCGCAGCUGAAAGAUCUCUUCGGGGUCAGAAUACGGAAAGUGGGCCCAAACUAUAAAGUUGUUUUGACUGUGAUAGAAAUAAUAAAGAACAUUGCGAACUUAAACUGGGCAGCGUUCGUGAUAUCCGCCAUUACCUGUACAAUUAUAGCCCUCAACAAUGAAUUACUUAAGCCAUGGGUGAGCAAGCGCAGUCGUGUGCCAGUUCCUAUUGAGUUACUAGCCAUAGUCAUAGGCACCCUAGUUUCCAGGUACGCAAGCCUAAAAGAGCAGUUUGGCAUCACAUUAGUCGGACAUAUACCAACAGGUUUACCUGAACCGGAAGUUCCACCAGUAGAACUGUUUACGUCCAUAGCGUUGGACGCAUUUACAAUCACAAUGGUCACCUACACCAUUUCUAUGUCAAUGGCGUUAAUUUUCGCCUCUAAAGAAAAGUACGAGAUCGACGCGAAUCAGGAGCUCCUCGCAAUUGGUGCUAGUAACGUGUUCGGUUCAUUCUUCUGCUGCGCGCCGCUUUGUGCGAGUCUAUCGCGUUCCUACAUUCAGUACCAAGCGGGCAGCAAGACCGCGAUCACGUCGGUGGUUAGUGCGAUGCUAAUCCUGUGCGUACUGCUGUGGAUCGGGCCGUUCUUCGAGCAGCUGCCCCGCAGUGUGCUGGCCUCCAUCAUCGUCGUGUCGCUGAAGGGCAUGUUCAUGCAAGUUAAAGAGCUGCGCAAAUUCUGGCGGUUGAGCAAACUUGACGCAGUCGUAUGGCUGGUGACAUUCUUAACAACAGUGAUAAUCGAUAUUGAUAUUGGAUUGGCGGCCGGUCUCUUAGCGAGUGUGGCAACCCUGUUCUGUCGUUCGCAGAAACCUUACACGUGUCUCCUCGGACGCGUGCUGAACACUGACUUGUAUUUAGACACGAAACGAUACAGAGCUGCGGAAGAGAUUCCCGGCAUAAAGAUAUUCCACUACUGCGGCGGGUUGAACUUCGCCACUAAGAACCUGUUCCGUUCCACGCUGUUCCGCAAGAUCGGCUACCUGAAGCCCACCGAGUUGGUGCAGGAUGAGGACAACCUUACCAAAAGCGAGUCCUACGAGUGGGACCCAAAUAUUGGACGUAAAGUACAUUGUGUGAUCAUCGACGCCACGGCGUUGUCUUAUGUAGACGGUCCUGGCAUCAAGAGCUUGGUAGCAGCCCAGAGGGAGCUCGCCUCGAACAGUAUCACAGUGCUAUUGGCUGGGGCAAAUGGUCCCGUCUUAGAAAUGAUAGAACGCUACAACUCCUUGGAGACGGAGCAGCUUCAACUGGACACCUUCCCCACAGUCCAUGAUGCGGUCGUCUAUUACAAGAUCCUGAUCGCUAGGCAAGACGAGCCCGCCAUAACUGUUGCGUCAUGA